GUGCGCAGUAACAUGGUAGUCGAUCUAAAGAUGAUCGAAGGAUUGACGCGCUACAUCCCUCCACAUGUCCAAAGUUUCACAAGACGUUCCAUCUCGUGGCAUGUUUGGAGGGCCGCAUUAAUGUCGUCCUGCGUUUGUGAAUCUCGAAGUCUGGGAAAAACUACGUUUGCACGAAAGUAUUCGGCCGAGUCGGACUUUCACAUCUACGAUCGCUUUUGGAGCGCGUCAAUCCUUCGACCGUCUUUUGAUCGGGAGAAGCCAUCGACAGAUGAUAAAUCUGGAUUGCAAGAUCUUCCCAUGCUUGGGUGCCACCAGAAUGUAUACUUCAUGUUAUGAUUCAUCUCGAAUUUAUUUCAGAUUAGAAGAAGCCGCGUCGUGCAGUAUGUUUGAAGAGCUUUGAAUAGGAUAAGAGGAUUUGGAUAUCUAACUCAAUCCUCCAUUAACGCAUCCAAGAAGUUUACGAUGGCAAUUGACAGCAUAUCGUAAAACCAUCCAGUAGUCACAUACUACAUAUCGUAAAAUCCUCACAUACUUUAGGUAUAAUCCUUUCGAAAGUAUUUGGAAACUAUUUUUUAGUAUAUUUGU